CUCACCUUGGACGAGGCAUUAAAUUUCUUGGGUUUAUGGAGGUCAGGAGGAGGAAUGUGGCUUUUACCGACGAGGGUUCAAGGCCUGGUGUCUCUCAAAUAAUUAACGAAUUAGACGUAUUUCCCAAACUUCCGCGAGAAUGCAAAAAACCAACUUGGACUGGUGGACUAAUUACCAUUGUAACAUUUUGUUUCAUAUCUUGGUUGCUUGUAAUGGAAUUUAGAAAUUAUAUGGAUCCUCCUGUCAGUUAUUCUUAUGAAGUCGACAAAUCCCUUUCUAGGUAAGGUUUGUCUCUUACAAACUUUGCUUAGAAAAAUAAAAGUCAACAUUGACCUUGUUGUUGCUUCGCCUUGUCAUGCUAUUUCAAUCGAUGUGGUGGAUAAUUCCGGAAAUACUUUGUCAGAUGUCGAUAAUAUACAGUACUUACCAACGCCAUUCGAACUGAACCCAACAGCCCGAGCUGCAUUUGAAAAUCGAAAAUAUGUAGCUGGAGCUCUUCGUGCAAAACAUCAUUCUAUUCAACAAUGGUUGUGGAAACAUUCCUCAAAAUCGAAAUUUUUGAAUAAAUUUAAAGUCCCUGAAUCUGGUAAAACGGUUCCAGAUGGUCAAAAUUUUGAUGCUUGUCGAAUUAUUGGUACUUUUUUCGUUAAAAAUAUUGAAGGCAAUAUACACAUAGUAUUUGGAAAACCUCUGAAUGGACUUGGCAAUCUACAUUUACACGUUGCACCGUUUUCAGAUCACACGCCCCAAAAUUUCAGUCAUCGAAUUUAUCAUUUUUCUUUUGGUGAUCCAGUUAAUGGACAAAUACAUCCGUUAGAAGCUAUUGAAUCCGUCACUGAUGUUGCUUUCACAUCAUUUCAAUAUUUUGUUACAAUGGUCCCAACUAAAGUGGUAAAUCAUUUCGAUGUAACAGAAACUUAUCAGUAUGCAGCAACGUUACAAAAUCGAACAAUUGAUCAUGCCGCAGGAAGUCAUGGAUUACCUGGCAUAUUCUUUAUUUAUGAUAGUUUUCCAUUAGUUGUCAAAAUUACAUAUAAUCGUGAAUUGUUAGGAACAUUUUGUACACGACUUAUCGCUUUAGCUGGUGGUAUAUUUGCUACAAUGAUUUAUUUACGUGAAAUCUUAUCGAAUAGUUUAGAUUUUUUUUUCAAUCGAACACAUUUAGGUCGUCAUUGUCAACAUGGUUGGAUUAGUUGUAAACAAAAUUUCUAUUAUCAAUUGGCGAAAUGUAUGCCAAAUUGUUUGAAUAAAACUUAUUUUCUCAUUCAAUCAUCAUCGUUAUCAGUAGAGAAUGUAUUGAAUCCGGACUCAGAUACUUGAGUCUGUUCUAUGUGUGUGUACACCUAGCUACACGACCACGUGUCCUCUUCUCACCAUAUUUUUGGGGCUAUUGUGCCUUCAGCUUUCUGUGAUUUGUUGGAAAGAACUGACCGUUUUUUUAUGCAUCUGUGUGUGUGGACAUGUGGACUGUUGGUUCUAUUGAAUCCCUUCUUCUUUGAUCUGUGUACAGUGUUGUCGUCUUUCAUAUCUCUCUCUCUCUUUCUCUGUGAACUUCACCUUUUUUAUCUUGUUCAAUGUCCAAGUUUUCUUUUCUCUUGUUCAUCUUUCAUUUUAUUUGGUUCAACAAACUUAUUUGUACUAACACUUGUUUUGUGUGUGUUUGUGUGUGUGCGUAUGGAUCAGUUGGUUUCUUUUUCCGGUCAAGUUCAUUGUAUAUGUAUAGAUUUCUUUUUUUUGCACAUUGAUCUAUUGUGUUGUGUUUGUAAGUAAAUAAUGAUGUUGAAUUAUGAAUAGAAAUGUUAAUUAUCAAC